GGAGGAAAUUACCUCCCAGAACCACUGGCACACAUCCAGCACAGACACAUUCAUCUGUUUUCCUCCGGCCGGACUCUCACUGCAGCUCACCAGCACAAGGGGGAGGGAGGGAGAGAGGGAGGAAGACACAGCACCAGUGCGCCAGCGACGAGUCAAGCCGGGAGCGAAUGAGGGCCAAGCGUGAGCAAAGAGCCAGUGAGCACGAGAGAGAGAGAGAAUAUGAGAGGAACAUGAGGGAGACGGGGAGACGAGGAGAGAGAGAGAGAGAGAGCGCCUGAAAGUUUGAAACCUGUGAUCACGCUAGGUGAUGCGGAGCGGGACUGGGGAUUCUUCCAGUUUGCCGGGACAAAGGAAAUUCUUCAGCAAGGAAAACAGUGAAGUGUGAAGAGAUAUAUUUGGGAUUUUAUGUUUUACACCUCACAGCCAGACGACUACGGAGAUAUUUUUUUUUCUUUUUUUUUUUUCCCCUCCUGUCUAUUUUUUUUGCGAGAAACUUAACAGGGGACACAGAAUUAAGAUCCUUUCAAUAAUCUCAAGCAAGGGGAACGGACAUCGAACUAAUGGAUAGUGGGUCGGCACGUAUAAAUGUCUGACACAUGAAGACCUUCCACACGCAUCGCCGUAGAACCAUGGCCAUGAACAUAUCCGACACAUGGAACAACAGGCUGGAAGGGUGAAAGGACUGGAUAUGAUAGCAGGAGAACCGCUAAUUCCUGGCUUAAUGCAAAACGGAUGGGGCCUGCGCCUCACCAAACAGCAUGACGCAGAACUUACCGGCUAACAACCAUCCUAAUUCUGAAGACACAAGACGGGACUAAUGGAUUACUGCAACAAUUUAAAUUAGCAGGACAAGUGCACAGGCAAAAGCAAUCGUUUUCUUGGGGAGGGCAUUGUAUUUUUGCUUUCUUCCCCAAACGGGGGUGACGUUAUACAGCUGAUGGGAAGGGGGGGGUUCACUUGUGAGCUGUUGCUGCCACCACACACCUCUCUCCUGUGCCCGGCCCCCACCCCCUCCCUAUUGUGAGGAGCCCUGUGAACAUGCUGGCCAAGCCCGCGGAGACCUCCAGAGCAGAGCGCCUCCUCUUCCUCUUCCACUCACACCCCGACCAGCCAGCCCGAGCCCUUUCCCCUGCACCAUGUCCCAGAGAGAUCAGGUGUCCCUGCUGCUGCUGCUGCAGCCCAACACCUCGGACCCCGUGGACUCUGCUGCCGCCCUGGAGGAGAGCGUUGAAGGUGAGGAGACUCUCCCUCUCCGCUGGGCCUCGCUGCUCAUCCUGCUGGUCAUUAUCCCCACCAUCGGGGGCAACAUCCUGGUCAUCAUAGCCGUGUCAUUGGAGAGGAAGCUGCAGAACGCCACUAAUUACUUCCUGAUGUCGCUCGCUGUGGCAGACCUGCUGGUGGGCCUCCUGGUGAUGCCGAUGGCCCUGAUGAGCGUGCUCUUCAACUCGGACUGGCCACUUCCUGAGUUCCUGUGCCCCAUUUGGCUCUUUCUGGACGUGCUGUUCUCCACCGCCUCCAUCAUGCACCUCUGCGCCAUCUCCCUGGACCGGUACAUAGCCAUCAAGAAGCCCAUCCAGCACAGCCAGUACAAGUCCCGCUCCAAUGCCAUGGCAAAGAUUGCACUUGUGUGGUUCAUAUCGAUCGGAAUUGCCAUUCCGAUUCCCAUUAAGGGCCUGAGAAACUUUCAUCCAGCAAACAACAUCACCUUCAACCAAAACCACACAUGUCUGCUCAAACAGGACAGUUUCAAAGACUUCAUCAUGUUCGGCUCGCUGGCAGCUUUCUUCAUCCCGCUCACCGUAAUGAUGGUCAUAUACCUCCUGACCAUCCAGGCUCUGCGCAAAAAGGCCACCUUGCUCAGGUCACGGGUGUCACAACGCUACUUCAGGCCCACCAUCUCCACCGUGAGCCAGCGAGAACAACUCAACCCUUCGCUGAAGGAAAAAAUAGGCACUCUAGACAAGAGAGACCGAACUGGCAGUCCCCCCAACCCCUUGACGGGGCAGGACAUCCCUAUGCGUAGAAUGUCAACUAUGGGUAAAAGGUCCAUGCAGAACAUCAGCAAUGAGCAGCGGGCCUCAAAGGUGCUAGGUAUAGUCUUUCUGCUGUUUGUGGUCAUGUGGUGUCCAUUCUUCAUCACAAAUGUGACAGCGGUACUCUGCAAGAGCUGUGACAUAACGGUGGUGGGUCGGCUCAUGGGCAUCUUCGAGUGGAUUGGCUAUGUUUCGUCUGGCGUCAACCCGCUGGUUUACACGCUCUUCAACAAGACCUUUCGCGAUGCGUUCGCCCGCUACAUCACCUGUAACUACAGCGGCGGCCCCAGGCCUCCCAGGGCGCAACGCAAGACCCUGACUCGCAUCUCCUUCCGCUCCUCCGUGGCCGAGAACUCAAAGCUCUUCAUGAAGCACGGCAUGAAGAACGGCAUCAGCCCGGUGAACUAUCAGAGCCCUCUGCGAAGGAGGUCGGCACCCAUCCAGUCCUCCACCAGCGUGUUGCUGGACACUUUGCUGCUCACGGAGAACGAGGACUGUAAGCCGGAUGAAAACGUUAGUUACGUGUGACAUUUUGAACUGAUCGCCAAGGAUGUCACUAGACACAACAAGGGAUAAUCGGUAAAUGUUGUGGUUUUUUUUUUAACAAUGUGGUCUGGCAGACACUAAAAAGUGCUACUAUUAGGUGGAAGCAUUGAUCCGAUGAUAUAAAGCCUAAUGAGCUGUAGGGGCUGCAUCAGGAUCAACACAGUGGAGGUGUAAUGGAUGCCAGUAGAUAGCAGUCAGUGGAAUUAAAGUAAGUGUGGACACUCUUCUGUUCAUCCUGUAACAUCUGAUCCAACAUGUUUGCUCUAAGGACGUAAGGGAGAUGUAGUAUUUUGACAAUCAGGAGACAGGCAUGAAAAAAAUAAUCUUUUACACAGCAUGGAUUAUAUUUUGAGCCUCCUAUGUACACAUGAAUUACUGUUUAUGAAUGUCACCUGGUUUUACUGAAGAGCUGAAAGAGUAUGCUUUCUUUUGUGCCAAUAAGCAAAAGAUUUAUACUUUGCCUUUAAUGAAAAAAGAAAAGUGUCUGUUCGGAGAAAAAUAGCCAACCAAUGAUUGUAGAUGCUAAGUGAGACAAAUAUGUCUGUGGGCAGACUUUGGCGUCCUUGCCAAAUAAAAUAAAGGUUACAGACAGAAACAUUUCAGCAUUCAGAGAGAACCUUGAAAAAUAUGCAAAGCUGGGUGUGCCAUAACACAGAUGUAUCUAUUAUUAAUGACUGUUUAUUUAAGGUUUUUAUAAUGACCUGCCAUGGAUGCAACAGUGAGAGACACUACACUUCACUGCAGAAGCCUGCCAGCAUCUGAAUAUUCCAUAACCAUAAGACUUACAAAGUCCAUGUAGACCAUCGUAACACAAGUGACUCAGUCUUGUACCCAGAAAUCGGAAGGUAAAUCUCCCCUUAAUUAAGUAUCCAAUUUUUGUAUUCCAUAAAAUGUAAUUGAAAAAUGAUAGCAAAUGACACUGUCUUUGGGGUUAUACUAGCAUUGCUACCCUUCACUCCCUACCCUAUUAGGCUACAACAUAGGUCUAUUACAAAGACAGAUACAAAAAAAAGUGUGGCUAGUAAUAAAAUCUCAACCACU